AUGGCGACCCGUGUGCCCUUCUUGGGCAUCCUGCUCCUGCUGCUGCCCACGCCGGCCCCUGCCCCCUGCUACACUGCUGCAAAAGCUGAGUGCAGGCAUGUUCGCAAGGUCGUGCCUGGCGCGUGGCUGGCAGGAGAGGGUGUGGAUGUGACCAGCCUCCGCCGCUCAAACUUCUUCCCAGUGGACACGCAGCACUUCGAACGGCCUGACGGCACCUGCACCCUCUGCCGCAACCCCCUACAACAGAACGUCAUCCAGCGCCUGCCCUUGGUGCUCACUGACUGGCGUGCCCACAGCUCAGUCUGCCAGCGCCAAGUGGUCAAGGCCCAGGUCAGCUCCAUAGAGGAUGUGGCCAGGGAUGCGUCUGCCAACAUCCGCAACGACUGGCGAGCAGACCUGGAAGUGAACCCCAAGCCCAGCACCAGUGCUCGUGUAGCAGUGGCCGGCUCACAUUCCUUGGAGGCCAACUUUGCGGCCCAGAAAAGCCAACAGGACAAGUACAGCUUCAGCACUGAUUCAGUGGAGUGUCGCUUCUACAGUUUUCACCUGGUGCACUCUCCACGGCUCAGCACUGAUUUCAAGAAGGCCCUCAGGGCCCUGCCCGCCCACUUCAAUGCCUCCACCCAGCCCGACUACCUCAGACUCAUCUCCAAAUAUGGUACCCACUUUAUCCACUCCAUGGAGCUGGGUGGCAGGAUAUCUGCAAUCACUGCCCUGCGCACCUGCGAGCUGGCCCUGAACGGGCUCACGGCCAAUGCGGUGGGGGACUGCCUGUCCGUGGAGGCCGAGGUCAGCAUAGGCAGCCUCAGCAGAUCCUCAGCACAAUUCAAGGCCUGUGAGGAUAAGAAGAAGGAGAGCAAGAUGACAACCUCCUUCCACCAGACCUACCGGGAACGCAGCUUCAAAGUCGAAGGCGGCCACCACGCCUCCAUGCCUGACCUGCUGUUCGGGAAUCAGGCUGGACCCGAGCAGUUCUCAGCCUGGGUGGACUCACUGCGAGACCACCCUGGCCUGGUGGACUACACCCUGGAGCCUCUGCAUGUGCUCUUGAAUAAACAGGACCCACAGCGGGAGGCACUGAGGCAGGCCGUCAGCCAGUACGUGACACACAAGGCACGCUGGAAGGACUGCAGCCGGCCCUGCCCCGAGGGACAGCAGAAGAGCCACCAUGACCCCUGCCAGUGUAUGUGCCAUGGCUCAGCAGUCACCAGACAGGGCUGCUGUCCCCGGCACAGAGGCCUGGCCCAGCUAGUGGUUAUGAACUUCCAGGCAACAGGUCUGUCGGGGGACAUAGUUACUGCCACGGAUGCCUAUCUAAAGGUUUUCUUUGGUGGCCAGGAGCUGAGGACAGGCACAGUGUGGAACAAUAACAACCCCCAGUGGAAUACACGGCUGGACUUUGGGGAUGUGAUUCUCGCCACAGGGGGGCCCCUGAGGGUGCAAGUCUGGGAUGCAGACUAUGGCUGGGACGAUGAUCUUCUCGGCACCUGCGACCGGGCUCCACAGUCUGGCUAUCAAAUCGUGCAGUGUCCCCUGAAUCACGGCUGGUUGAAAUUCUCCUACCAUGCCAAGUGCCUGCCUCACCUGGCAGGGACAACCUGCCUGGAUUACGCUCCCCAGCCGCUCCUUGCGGAGCCUCCUGGAAACCGGAGCGGAGCAGUGUGGUGACAAUGGUGGGCCUUGAGAGGACCUGUGUACCUGGACUGAAGGGGUCCUCACAGAGGGAGCCAGGGUCUGUCUACCUUCAUGCCCCCACUGGAAAGGUAGAAAACGGAGGCUUUU